AUGAUGGCACCUAAAAUCUUUCUUACUGGCGCAACCGGCUACAUCGGCGGUGAUACGCUCUAUGCUCUUUACAACAAACACUCCGAUUAUGAAAUCGCCGCCCUUGUAAGAUCGGAGGAGAAGGGCAAGCCUGUGAAGGACGCGUUUCCCAAGAUUCGUCUUGUGAUUGGUGAUUUGGACAGCUCGAAGCUUAUCGAAGAAGAAGCCGCGAAAGCUGAUGUUGUUAUCCACACAGCCGAUGCCUCAGACAACGAGCCAGCUGCAAAGGCCAUUGCCAAAGGUCUCGCAUCUGGACACUCAAAGGAAAACCCUGGAUUCUGGCUGCACACCGGCGGCACGGGAAUCCUCUGCUGGGAGACAAUGCGCGACGAGAACCGGCUGGGUGAGCAUUCGGACCGCGAGUACAACGACUGGACGGCCGUGCAGGACCUGACCAACCUCCCGUCUGAUGCUUUCCACAAGAACGUCGACGACCUGGUGCUUAACGCGGGUUCAGAUAGCGUCAAGACCGCGAUCCUCUGCCCGCCGACCAUCUACGGCCGCGGCCGCGGCCCUGCGCACACGCGCAGCCGGCAGGCGUAUGAGCUCGCCCAUCUUAUACUGACGGGUGGAUACGUCCCGGUGAUUGGCCAAGGAAAGGCGCGCUGGAACAAUGUUCACGUUGCCGACCUGGCGCAGCUUUUCGUCCUGCUCACCGAAGCUGCGGUGUCUAACAAGACAUCUGCCGAGCUGUGGAACGAGAAGGGCUACUACCUCGUUGAGAACGGCGAGCACGUUUGGACCGAUCUUGCGCGCAACAUGGGAAAGAAGGCGGUCGCCUUGGGCUUGCUGAACGGCGAGCUGGAGGAGAAGAGUCUGGGCAAGGACAAGGCGAUUGAACAGGCGGGCUUUGAGGCUGUGAGCUGGGGGUUCAACUCCCGGGGCAAGGCGGAGAGAGCGGCCCAGGUCGUGGGUUGGAAGCCCAGCGCGCCGAGCAUCGACGACACGCUUGAGGAGAUCUUGAUGGACGAGAAGAGCAGGAUCGAUAAGAAGUAG